GUGGAUGUUUUUCUCAUAGAAGCAGUAGAUAUUGGAACUCUGUGUCAGCUUAUUGUGGAAAAAGGAAAAGGCUCUGCUUGGCACCUCCAGAAGGUUAUGGUGAAAGAACCACAAUAUGAAGGAAAAGAGACACUCUUUAUUUCACAGACAUGGCUGAGAGACACAAAUGAAAAGAAAAAAUAUGCAUCACUAACUCUGAAUGCUAACGAAGUACUGGAUAAGGGAAGCACAACUGCCUCAUUGUUAUCAAGCCAAAACAUGAAAUCAGAAGGUCUAUGGAAGAUAUCUUUCACUACAUGUCGUGAAGAUUCAUCAAAAGCAUUUGAAGAAUUUGGAGAAAACAUUACCAAACUGAUUUGGGUGUUCUAUGGAAACAGGGGCAAAUCCGAACCAAUUUCUUUGAUGAGCAAAACAGGAAUUCAAGCUGAUGACAAAUUAAUGUUUGAUGUAUAUUUCCCAUCUGAUUUAGGAACACUUUAUAAAGUGAAAAUUGGAGUUCAUCUCUUGGAAGAAAGCAUAUGGCAAUUGUUUCAUCAUUGCAAAAUCCAGAACACUGUAACCCUGGAUACCUUUAGUCUCUCAUUAAAUGAAACAUUUCCUCUUCUUAAUAGAGACCAGUGGCUUGAGUUCCCUAUUGAAUGGCCAUUAAGGAAAGCCCUUUCUGUGAUUACAUAUGAUGUAAAAAUAUUCUGCAGUGAUAUUGUGAGCAAAAUAAGCAUGGUGCCUAUCUCUCUGUAUGUAUAUGGAACCAAUGGAGAUACUGAAGAUCGAAGACUUUUGUUGUCACCAUCAUCUACAAUUGAGAAAGGAGAAAUUGGGCAGUCGUUUACAGGUCACAUAGAUGCUGUGGAUUUGGGGAAAUUGUACAAAAUUGUCCUUCUCAUUGGAAGCACAUCAUCCUGCAAAUUGGCAAUUAAAGCCUUGCACUUAAAGGAAAAUUUAAAACAAGAGCCUGUGUACAUAUUUGAAGUGAAUGAAACAUUCCAUCUGGACAUUGAUAAACCUGAAAUAAGGAGAGAAAUCCCUGUCUCUUUGGUUACUAAGGAAGAUAACGGAUCAGAAAAUCUGACAGAACAUAUUAUUAAAGUGUACACUGGUGAUAAAAGAGGGGCAGGAACUGAUGCCAAUGUUCAUAUCAUUUUGUUUGGAGACAUGGAUACAUCUCAUUUAAUUCAACUCAAAACCUCUCUUGAUCAUCGAGAUCCCUUUGAAAAAGGAAAGGUAAGUAAUAUUGCCCAGGUAAACAUAUCUUUUUUUUAAAAAUUGGCCAUAUCAAAUAUUACAAGUUUUAGAUGAAAAUAUAUAUACCUGAUAAUUGAAGGAGUAAUUAAGUAGCUAAUGCACAAAUAUAGACAUCUAUAUCUAUAUCUAUAUCUAUAUCUAUA